AUGGGGAACCUGGAGAUGAUUGUCUGGAGCCUCGCCUGCUGCUUGGCAGUGGCAAGUGCAGCAAAGCUGGGCGCAGUGUACACAGAGGGAGGUUUCGUGGAAGGCGUCAACAAGAAGCUCAACCUCCUGGGCGACUCCGUGGACAUCUUCAAGGGCAUCCCCUUCGCUGCCCCCACCACGGCCCUGGAGAACCCCCAGCCGCACCCUGGCUGGCAAGGGACCCUGAAGGCCAAGAACUUCAAGAAGCGAUGCCUGCAGGCCACUGUCACCCAGGAUGCCACCUACGGGAGCGAAGACUGCCUCUACCUCAACAUCUGGGUCCCCCAGGGCAGGAAGCAAGUCUCCUGGGACCUGCCCGUCAUGAUCUGGAUCUACGGAGGUGCCUUCCUCAUGGGGGCCGGCCAUGGGCCCAACUUCUUCAACAUCUACUUGUAUGAUGGCCAGGAGAUUGCCACACGUGGCAACGUCAUCGUGGUCACCUUUAACUACCGUGUCGGCCCCCUUGGCUUUCUCAGCACUGGGGACACCAACCUGCCAGGGAACUAUGGCCUUCGGGAUCAGCACAUGGCUAUCGCUUGGGUGAAGAGGAACAUCGCUGCCUUUGGGGGAGACCCCAACAACAUCACCAUCUUUGGGGAAUCAGCAGGAGGUGCCAGCGUCUCUCUGCAGGUCUUCCUCCCUCCUGAUUUAGGUCCAGCAAGAAGACAGGGAGAGAAGGGUGGGGGGCUGAUGCUGAAGCAAGGGGACAGCCCGGCCCCUGGACCAGUAGCUCUCAACCUGGCACAUUCAGCAAACCCCAUGCUGCACUACCUGGGCUUCAUCCCUGUCAUCGAUGGAGACUUCAUCCCUGAUGACCCUGUCAACCUGUACGCCAAUGCUGCUGACAUCGACUACAUAGCAGGCACCAACAACAUAGAUGGCCACAUAUUUGCCACCAUCGACAUGCCGGCCAUCGACAGGACCAACAAGGUUGUCACAGAGGAGGACUUCUACAAGCUAGUCAAAGGGCUCACCAUCACGAAGGGGCUCAGAGGCGCCAACGCCACCUUUGACGUCUACACCAAGCCCUGGGCCCAGGACCCAUCGGAGGAGAAGAAGAAGAAGACCGUGGUGGACUUUGAGACUGACGUCCUCUUCCUGGUGCCCACGGAGAUCGCCCUGGCCCAGCACAGAGCCAACGCCAAGGGUGCCAAGACCUACAGCUACCUGUUUGCCCAUCCCUCUCGGAUGCCCGUCUACCCCAAGUGGGUGGGUGCCGACCACACCGACGACAUCCAGUACGUCUUCGGGAAGCCCUUCUCCACCCCCCUGGGCUACCGGCUCCAAGACAGGACUGUCUCCAAGGCCAUGAUCGCCUACUGGACCAACUUCGCCAGAACUGGGGACCCCAACAUGGGCCACUCGGCCGUGCCCACCCACUGGGAUCCCUACACCGCAGAGAACGGUGACUACUUGGAGAUCACCAAGAAGAUGGAUGACAGCUCCAUGAAGCACCACCUGAGGACCGGCUACCUGCAGUACUGGACCCUGACCUACCAGGCGCUGCCCACGGUGGCCGGCCAGGAGGCCACCCCUGUGCCCCCCUUGGGCAACUUGGAGGCCACCCCUGCACCCCCCUGGGGCGACUCAGAGGCCACCCCCAGACCCCCCACUGGUAACUUGGAGGCCACCUCUGUGCCCCCAGAGGGUGACUCGGAGGCCACCCCUGCACCUGCAGAGGAUGACUUGGAGGCCACCCCUGUGUCCCCAGAGGGCGACUGA